CACUGCCCCGACGCUCCUCCUCCUUCCCUUGGCCACGCCCACCGGGGGGACUCCCUCCGGCGCCGGCGCCAGAUCAGCCCCGUCCCGCCCCCUAAGUCCCGACCGGAUGUUCACUGACUUCCCAUAGUGCCUCGCGAGUGGCGGGCAUGAUAACAAAUCCAGUCGGGCCACUCGCAGCGAGUUGUCAUUGUUGAGGCCGUUAGAUUUUUCUGAGGAGGGUCCUCCGGGAUUUGGGCCCGGCCACUGCCUUGUCGGCCAUCACCGCCGCCAUGGCGCUGCUCCGGGGAGUGUGGGGCGUGCUGAGGGACCUGGGAAAGUCUGGAAUGGAGUUGUGCUCCGGCUGUGGAAAUCGUCUGCGCUCACCCUUCAGUUUCGUGUAUUUUCCGAAGUGGUUUUCAUCCACCUUGGAUAGUUAUCCUAAGAAACCUAUGAGUUCAUACCUUCGAUUUUCUAAAGAACAGCUACCCAUAUUUAAAGCUCAGAACCCAGAUAUGAAAAUAUCAGAACUAAUUAGAAGAAUUGCUGAGCUUUGGAGGGAACUUCCUGAAUCACAGAAAAAAAUGUAUGAAGAUGCUUAUAAGGCAGACUGGCAAGCAUACAAAGAAGAGAUAAACAGAAUUCAGGAACAGCUAACUCCAAGUCAAAUGAUAUCUUUGGAAAAAGAAAUCAUGCAAAAACGUUUAAAAAAGAAAGCUUUAAUAAAAAAAAGAGAGUUAACAAUGCUUGGAAAACCAAAAAGACCUCGCUCAGCUUAUAACAUUUUUGUAUCUGAAAGCUUCCAAGAAGUUAAGGAUGGUUCAUCACAGGCAAAGCUGAAAUAUGUAAAUGAAACUUGGAAAAACCUGCCUAGUUCUCAAAAGCAAGUAUAUAUUCAACUUGCUAAAGAUGAUAAAAUUCGUUAUGAUAACGAAAUGAAAUCUUGGGAAGAACAAAUGAUUGAAGUUGGACGAAGUGAUCUUAUACGUCGCAAAAUGAAGAACCAAACAAAAGAUGGCAUUGGGGAGUAUUAAGAUAAAAGAUGGGGCUAUGUUUGUGGUGAUUAGGCACAACCAACCAAUUAGGUCUCAAUAACCUGAAGCUGUGUAAAACUAGAAAGGAUAAAGUUGGUGAACAUUUUAUAUUCAAUUCCUUUUUCUUUAGCCCAUGGACUUCUGCUAGUUGAAUACAUUUUGUAUUAGUAUUUUUGAAAACCUAAACAGAUGAAAGUUCACGCAAAAUUUUAUUUUGUGUUUAAGAACUACUGAGAAUCAAGAUAAUCCAUACAAAUGUAGCAGUGCAUCAUUUUACCUUUAAUAAAGGUAAAUCAGUCUAUGAAGUUUUUUAAUACUGGAAGACAAUUAUGGAAAAAGUAUUGUUUCCUUAUAUGGAAGCAGGAGUUUCUUUUCAUAUUAUAGAUGACACAGUGUUCUAUGAAGUAAUUAUGCAUUUUUUAAAAAGCAGCUAGAGCUCUUCUAGGUAAAUUCCAAUUCCUAGCUAUAAUUCAUAUUUUAUUCAGAGUUGGUGGUUGUACAUGUAAGUAACAGUUGGUUUCAACAGUAAAUUUUUAUAAAGGGACUGAGAGAUUUAUAAACCUUUUUUUCAUUGUGUUUCUUUUACCUAAAGUAAAAACUAAGAAAUUAUGUCUCAA